GGGGCGCGCCGAGGGAGGGCCCAGGCCGCCAGGUGCGCGGACCCUGAGAGGCGCGGUGCCCGCUGGACCGCGCGCCCCGCGCUCCCCGCGGCUGGUUCAAGGCCAUGCUUCCGCUCUGGGCCCUGCUGGCCCUCGGCUGCCUGCGCCUCGGCUCGGGUGUGAACCUCCAGCCCCAGCUGGCCAGUGUGACCUUUGCCACCAACAACCCGACCCUCACCACGGUGGCCUUGGAAAAGCCUCUCUGCGUGUUUGACAGCUCCGCGGCCCUCGAUGGCACUUUUGAGGUGUACCUCUAUGUCCUGGUCGACUCAGCCGACACUUCCCACCUGUCUCCCUGCGCCCGAUCUGUGCCCACGGCAGGGGGGUUCUCUCCCAUUUUACAGACCAGGGCCCAGAGAGCCAGCUCCAGGAACGCCUCCGUGCAGGAUGCCAAGACCCCGCUGAGCUCCACCUUCCAGCAGACAGAGGGGGGAAGGACAGGCCCCUAUAAGGCAGCGGCCUUUGACCUGAUCCCCUGUGGUGACCUGCCCAGCUUGGAUGCCAUCGGGGAUGUGGCCCGGGCCUCGGAAAUCCUGGACGCCUACCUCGUCAAGGUGGGCGCCAACGGCACCUGCCUUUCAGACCCCAACUUCCACGGCCUCUGCAACCCGCCCCUGUCGGCGGCCACGGAGUACAGGUUCAAGUACAUCCUCGUCAACAUGUCCGCGGGCUUAGUACAGGACCAGACCCUAUGGUCCGACCCCAUCCGCACCAACCGUCCCACCCCCUACUCCGCGAUCGACACGUGGCCGGGCCGGCGGAGCGGGGGCAUGAUCGUCAUCACGUCCAUCCUGGGCUCCCUGCCCUUCUUCCUGCUCGUCGCUUUUGCUGGUGCCAUCGUCCUCAGCCUCCUGGACACGGGCGGUUCUGACAGGGAAACGACACACGACUCCCAGAUCACGCAGGAGGCCGUCCCCAAGUCCCUGGGGACCUCGGAGCCCGCGUACGCGUCUGGGAACCGGGGGCCGCCGCUGGACAGGGCUGAGGUGUAUUCCAGCUAGCUGCAGGACUGAGCCCGGGCCCGCUCCUGGGCGGGAGGCCUUCUCCCCACUGGCCUUGCCCAGGGGGCGUGCGGGCAGCCGGUGCCCUGACCCCACCCACAGCGGAACAGGGUGUGUUGGCCCAACCUGCGGGAAAACUGUCAAUAAAAUCUUCCCAAGGUUUUGAGUUCCAAAUGAA